GUCCCAACCUAUUGUGUAAAAAAAAAAUGAGGGGCAGACUUUGCGCCCAAAAUGGUACAUCAGUUUGAUUCGACGACUACAGUGAACAAUUGUGAGCCUCCAAUUUAUAAUGUACUUUGAUGCGUUUGUACACAAAUUGUCACUAAAAAGGACGACCGGAACAAUGAAAAGUGAAGCAAUAAACAAUAAAGGAAAGCAUCAAAGUUCGUAAUGCGGGGCGGGGGUGUAAUUAAUGGAUACAUUAUUAUGGAUGAAGUAUACGUAGUUCUUGUGUCUGUUAAAAAUCUUAGUUUUUAGAGCGGCCACAAUAUGAGCGUUUGACUGAGGGCUUUCCGCCAACAGCACCUGGCACAGUAGGAUUACAUAACUAAAGCUGUCUCUAUUCUUCCUAUUUCGACGAUAUCACUUUCCCUCUGUGCUUCGAUAUUCGUCAUAAUUUGUUUUUCUUUCUUUUGUUAUUGCCAUAAAAGAUGUCGUUUUCAGGAACAGUAUCGUUUCACUAUUUAAGCGCCAUGAUUUUAAAGCUGAAUUUGUGCAAUCUUACACCGUUAUGCAAUCAGUUCCCAAACGGCUGUUAUUUGAUAUUUUCUCGAGAGAUAUCGUUAAGAUUAAUUUUGAACAAUUCUUAAUUUGCUAUCGAAAUGAAUUCAAUAUGUAGUGCUAAGGAUAUCAUAAUAACUACCGUACACGUAUUUUCAUCUUUGUAUAUUUAAACUGACAGGAAGAAAUUCGGGGCAUUAUUUUCACAUGGGAGUUGAAAGACAUUUUUUCACACGGGAGUUAAAAAUUGUUCUUUGUACUGAGAAAUAGGCGACUUGGGUGUUAGUGUGAGAAGUGGGGAGGGGUCGAGUAGAAUUUAUCCGCUUUAUUGACACUUGAUCCGCGUCCUUCUUUCAGGCUGUCAUCACGUGACGUCUGACCUCUGCCUGACAAGGGUCGCCAUUUUGCGUCUACCCUCAAGACAGGAUCGACUCGCAGCACAGGUGUUCUAGACGACAGGUGAGGCGAACAGGUAUCCAGUCACGUGGCCAACACGGUGAGGGGUGACCUGUACAGCUGAGUACGUGAGUAGGAUGCACCCGACCAGUACCACUCCAUUCCAGUAACGCACAUCCAUGGUUAACAGUUAACAGAGCAGAAGAGGAAAGUGUCACAUGCUGCACAAUGGCGCGUCAAAAGAAGGAUCCAACGAAAAGGCCUCAGGAAAAAUCAGAGAACGAAUCAAAGGUAGAUGGCCAAGCGAGCCCGGAUCCAGCGCAAGUCAGAGACAGCGGGGACUUAGCAGUGACCAAAGGGGCCCAGGCCGCCCCCGGAGGAACACUGGCCAGUAAGAUUGUUGAACUCAUGUUUUCUAAGAUGGGAGGCCCUGCCGAAGUCUUCCAAGACUCUAAACCGCACAAGGCCCAAGCAAACGGACAAGCCGACACCAGCACUCCAACAACGUCUUCCGCCACAGCAGGGACAAGCGCCACUACUGGGGAGGACAUUCUGGAUCUCAGCGUGAAAACUAGAGCUUCGACAUCUUCUACACGUGAGGAAGUGAGAGUGAAGGAGGAGGGAGGGGAGCAUGAGGAGGAUUCUGAGGUGUUUGAUGACGUCGGUGCCCUGGAUCUUUCCGUGAAGAGAAGGAGCAGCACAACCAUGCCACAAGAUGCGAAAAGGCGAAGGUCGAGCGAGAACUCGGGAACAUUCCCUACUCCUCCUUGCACGCCGAAAAACACCAGCCCCAACUUUGUGUUUUCGCCUACUGGGGUCCAAAAUGGCCCGUCCUUGCCAGUGACUCGGGGGCUGGUCGUGCCUCCCCCUGCGGUACGGACAGCUCACCACGCGCUGGGUGCCACGGUGGUUGCCGCCCUGAUGGGCCAGAGUUCUGCUGCUGCAGGCGGCCACCCCGCAGCCAUCACCCCUCUUCAUCAGCUGCCCGCUGCUGUAGGAAGUCGGGAGGCCGGGGUGAACUUGACUUCUAAGCCAGUUGUCACAGCAGGCCAUCCUCCGAUGAUCGUCAACCACCACGGCCAACCGACCCUGCUCCGCUUCCCGUACGCCCUGCCGCCCGGCACGUUUGUCGCGCCGCCCGGUCUCCCGGGAGGAGGCCCGCGGCUGAUCUCCCCUCAUCUUCUUGCGACACUGCGUCCUCCUCUCGUGGUCAACAGGCACCUGGCCGUGCCGCAUCCACCUAUCAACAUCGACAACAAAACUGGAUCCUCGCCAGCGACGCCAGACAUGAAAGCGCCCCACCUGCUGAAGUACAUGACUGCUAGUCAGGCCAGCCCACCCUCCAUGUCUCCCCCCGACAGGAGGAGUCCUAACCCCCAGGAGAACCAUCAUGGUGUCCGAGGGAACGCGCCUCUCGUCUUCACCUGUAAAACGUGCGGGAUCCCCUUCCCGACUGUCCGCAAGCUCGCCGGCCACAUGAAGAUCCACAACAACGACAAGCUGUACUACUCCAUCACGGUGGACGAGAACGGGCAGGACAGCACCAUCUACGUGUGCCAGACGUGCGGCACGCAGUUCACCAUCUACGAGAACCUCAUCUCGCACAUGCAGCACCACGGCGGGGAGGACAUGUACUCCUUCUACAUCUGCGAGGUCUGCAACGCGCGCUUCACGCAGGCGUCAGACCUGAAGAUUCACUCCCGCAUCCACAUCCGCGACAAGCCGUUCACCUGCGACAUCUGCAAGAACAAGUUCACGCACCUUCAGUCGCUCAAGACCCACCAGAGAAUCCACACCGGUGAAAAGCCUUACCAGUGCAAGGUUUGCCAGGCCCGAUUCACCCAGCUGGGUCACCUGAAGGCCCAUUCCCGCAUCCAUACCGGAGAGAAACCGUACCAGUGCGGGACGUGUGGCGCCAAGUUCAGCCAGCUGGGAACGCUCAAGGUGCACAUGCGGAUCCAUACCGGAGAGAAGCCGUACCAGUGUAAGACCUGUGAUGCCCGCUUCACACACCUGCGCUCCCUCAAGCUGCACACGCUCCGCUCGCACAUGGACGACCUGACGCAGGCCGAGCAGGACCAGCUCAAACAGGACACGGGAACGGCGAGCGCCACCCAGCAGGCGUCACCGGAACCGCAGGCUACUGCAAGUGCAGCCGCUGCCUCUGGUGAUGAGUAAAAAUAUUUACUGUAAUACUUUCAGUUUAGAACCAUUGAAUGGAUAUUUCCAAUUGGCUAUCUCUGGAAAAUGUUACUAACUCAAGCAAAUUGAAAGCAACCUAGUAAUUAUUAUCUUAUAAAGAUACCUGAUAACAAGUUAUUGUUGCGGAAUGCCUAUGCCUCCAUAUUGUGGGAACAAAUAUGACCUGCAUCAGGUACAAAUGAAAACAGAAUGUUAUCGGCUGUCUGAAACAAUUUAUGAUGUUUCGGAAGAUCGGAAAUAAUUCUUAAAAGCAAAUUGUCAUUAUAUGCAAAUACAACCAGUGUCCACUGACACGUUGUCAUUGCUUUUAUAUUGCAUGAAGAAGAAUAUUGAAUAGACAAUGAGGCAAAUCUGAAGCAAGUGUUUCUAACAGUGAAUUGCAAACUAUUUGUGGACAAAACUAGAUGACUUUCUUGUCAUCGUACACAAAGCGACUUUUAGAUUUAGACGUUUUGCCCUCUGUAUAAAUGAACUCCAAUGUGGUGUGAUUUUAGAAAGUUAAACUUUUAUCAAAGGCAUUUCAGACAUGUUUCCUGAACGCCUAUUCCCCUCGUGACAUUAAAAAGAUAAGAUGCAAGAUUUAUGUCACAAACUGUUAGUCCUGAUGCUGCUGAAAGCAGAGUGCUACAUCUGCACAUUAAUGCACAAGUAGUGGUAGAAAUGUUGAUGUUGAUGUAAGUGUACAAAGAUAUGUAUAUGUCUUGCUAUAUACCGAAUAGCACAGACAUAGUGUUACUAUCAUUGGGAAAUUUGUAUGACUCCAUGACAGAACUGAUAGUUGUAAGGCAUUAGCUAUCGGUUAUCUGAUAGCCAGUGUCAUUCACUGGUACAUGACAAAUUUUACAAUAAUGAUAAGAUGGGUGUUUUUAAUACAAUGCCUUGGUGGCUUUUAACAUUUCAAGACAAAGAUUUUAGAACGUGUUGAAGUGUUCUUCCACAAGAGUGAAAUACUUUAAAACUAUGAUUUUGGGAAAUGAUAGUGAAUUCGUUGAAACUUCUCAGAAUGUAGUGGUGAGAGUGUGCUUGCCUUUGUGUAACAAAGGCUGGCACUGAGACAGAAAUUUCAUGUUGAAAUGUCACUAUGCAAAUCUCGUGCAUUACAGUGAACUUUUGGAAAGCAUGUGCUCUCUACUGUACUUUUGCUGUGUACAAAAAAGCGAUGUUGGUUAUAGGUAAAUGUAUGUAUUUUGUGAGAUGCCUCUUCAUUCAAUUGUACAUACUGAUUUUCCCACAUCCUAUCUUAUAUCUGUUUGUAUGCACCGGUUGAUUUUACAUUGCGUCUUAAAAAUUACGAAACUAGAAGCAAGCAAAAUUGUAGCAGAUAUUUCAUGAAAAAUACUAUCAUUACAUAAACAAUCACAUAUGAGUAACAAGUUUUUAAAAGAGACUAUCUUUAAGAGAAUAAUGGUGAAUAAGUAUGAUGUGUGUGCCUUUUAUAACUACAAGUAAAUAUUGUGGUGAACUGUAAGGGCUUUUAUGUUAGCAAAGUUAUACCAUGACAAAAUCAUUUAUGUGUACAUCCUUACAACAGCUACGAAUUUUGGAAAGGGAGUAAGUACUACUUAUGACAUAUAAAAAAAGCUGACAAUCGUAGAAUACCACGUAGGAACACAGUAUAGUCUCAGGGUUUUAUACGAGUACAUGUGGUGCAGCUAGAUAUCAUCAGCACUGCUAGUUCAAAGAAGCUAACAGUUAGACGCAUUGGCAAACAAUGACAAAUUUAAAUGUACAAACCAGAUAGUCUGGCUUGAAAAGAUUUUUGUCUGUUGAUAAAGUCACCAUUUUAAAUGGGUCCUUUGUACCUUUUGGCAAAAAAAAGCGCAACAGAACUGAAAACAUUUUAGACAUUAAAAUCUUCAUGUAGUGGAAAAAUAUUCAUUUCUUUCUACAUUUUGUAACUUUUUCAAGAGGAAAAUUCCAAAUCUUACAUAGAGCUUCCUCAAGUGUGGGAAAGACAGGAAGAAAGGUUUGGCAAGGACGUUUGCCACUGGUAUCUCUUCCAUAUAGCUUCACAUUGUAAAAUAAAAGGUGUACGUUAGUAUGUAUAGAUAAGUAGGGGUACAUACAAUAUGCCAUGAUGCUGCUAAGAACUCUUCUUAAAGUUACAUGUUUUAAUACAUCAAGUCUAAUGUUAUUAAGGGUAGUUUUUAUACCAACAUGAACUGUUGUGUGGUGAAACAAUACAACCAGGGGACACUAAUGCUUUUCAGUAGUUUGCAUUGUGAACUUCAAAGUUCUCCAUUUUUUGAUGUGAAAAAAAAUUCACAAGGGGAAAUCAUACUCUAUUGUUUUGUAAUGAGGUAAUCUGUUACUUUUGUUACCGUGUGGUAAUAACUAAAGUGGUUGUUUAUUCUUUUUACCCAAAAAUUUGUACGUAUGUAUGUGGCAAUGGAACAUGAUUUUUAAAGGAGAAAUGAAAAAAGCAAUUGCCAUUGCAUGAGCUACUAUAAAGAUAAAUUUGGGAUAAACAUUGGACAUAACGUUGAGAAAGGUUUAUAUCAUUCAUGUGUAUUGUCAAAAAGUGAGAGAAAGGAGCAGGAUUUCCUUUUGUUUAGGGCAUGUCUCAUAGCCGCUACGGUGUUUUUUUGUGCAACGAUUGCUUUACAACAAUAAACAUUCUACUGUGCAGAA